CUCUACUUAGCCCUAUAAGAUAUUUUCUGCCCUCUUCUACUAACUACUAUUCUUCCUAACACACUAUUAAGGCUAGGUGUGCUCUCUUAACACCCGUUUACCCCUCCUUACAAACCCUCCCCUACCUUGUGUGACUGGCAAUUCCUCGCCCUCCAACAAAACAUCCCUGAGCUCACCCGCAAUGUCCCUCGCACGCCUCACCCUCCGCUCCUCUCGCGCCAUCGUUGUCUUUUCCCGCCCCUUCUCCGCCUAUGUUCCCCGUCUCAAAGACCUCAAUGAACGUGGCAACGACACAACCACAGAAUGGCGCAAACGACAGACCGCUAAGUCAUUAAACCCACAUUUUACAAACACUACAAGCACUAUUGCAAACAAGAUGCUGAGCGUGGGUAAAGAUGCACCGCCGCCGGAAAUGCUGUCAAGUGCGGAUCCAAAGUUUGUGCCGAAAGACGCGUUGCCGGAGAAUAUGGAGAGGAUGACGGGCGUUACGCACGCAAGUGGGAGGGGUGAUGCGGGUGUUAGCAGGGAAGGGGAGAAUGAAGCGAAUGGGGGAAAUCAAGAGCUCGGGGUCGGUGAGCUCGAGGGCGCGACUUUCAAGGUAGAGCCAUUGCGAAGGACGGGUGAGGAUGAGGCGACGAUGAAGGCGAGAUUAUUAUACCAGUCCCGCAAACGCGGAACCCUCGAAUCUGACCUCCUUCUCUCGACCUUCGCCGACGCCUAUCUAGGCAACAUGACCCUCCCUCAACUCCAACAAUACGACCUCUUUCUCGACGAAAACGACUGGGACAUCUAUUAUUGGGCGACGCAAGAACCAUCUCCCACAUCUACAGAAACUGCGGAAGGUUCUAGUAGUAAUAUGGCGACGAGUGCGGCGCAGGGGAAGGAUGAAUGGAAAAGAGAACCUGCAACAGGGGAGUGGGCGCAGACGGUCGGAACAUUCAAGCCGGCAUAUAGACCGGUGCCAUCAAGGUGGAGGGGAAGCGAGGUUUUGGAGUUGUUGAGGAAGCAUGUUAAGGAUAGGAGUGUGGGGAGUGUUAGGGAAGGGGAGGGGAAGGCUGGGGGAAGUGAGAAGGGGAAGGGGACAGGGGGUGGGGGCCUGGGGAUGAUGCCCGAUAUUAAGCAGUUCGACUAG